AUGUUGAGUGAUCCCACCGACGGUGCGGUGUCGCGCUUGGGCGCGCCCAGCACAGAACCAUCUUCCGACGUAAUCCAGCCCUCUAGCAUGGGGAACCCUAAGAUCCGGAUUCCGCGCUUAGGUACCGCCCCCGUCACAACUCACCGCCCACGCACCAGCCGGGCGUGUGCCCCCUGUCAUCAGAGGAAGACCAAAUGUGACGGCCAGAAGCCUCAAUGCAAACAAUGUCGUCACUUGGCUAUCCCUUGUACGUAUGUGGGGUCAAAACGAGAACGACAAAAGUGUGCCCUGGCAUCCGUCCAAGCGAGGGUCCAGUCUUAUGAGUCUCUGUUGCAACGAAUCAUAACGGAAAGCAGCGAGGAUCCAUCCAAGUUCAAGCUGAUUGAAGAACUGAUCACGAGACACUUCGAGGGGACACCGACGAUACUUGCACCGCUUCUGGCGCUAGGGUCCCCUUCGGACCGAAGCCCGUCCCCGUCCAAACAUGGCCUAACGUUGUACCGAAUGCUUGCCUCGUGGAUGUCCCAUGCCCGCAGUGAGACCCAACCACUUGCGCAGAAGCCACCCAUCCAGAUCACCGAAAUUCAUCGUUGGACCUUGCUGGCGAACAAUGACACUGCGAGCCAUCUAUUAUCACUUUACUUUACGUGGGAGAAUCCGACCUGGCAACUGAUUGACAAGGAUAUGUUUUUCCAUGACCUCGAAGGUGGUCACGGAAAGUUCUGUUCCGCAUUAUUGGUUACCGUAUUACUCUUUUUUGGCUGUAGUCUAUCCUACAAUCUAGAUAGGAUCACAGAUCGACGAGAAGAAAAGCUACUUAGCAAGAAAUUAUAUGCCGAAAUACAGCGUCUAUGGGAGAUCGAAAAACAUAUCGAGAAUCUUCCUACUGCGCAGUCCAGCAUACUGAUUGGACUACUCUGCUGCACGUUCGGCUUAGACAGAUUCGGCACCCAGUAUAUAAUGCAUGGCGCUCAGCUGUGCCUAAAUUUAGGUCUACAGCAUGAGUAUCCCUCAUACCUUUAUGACGAUGCACCAGAUGAAGAUGGACGGCUCGCUAGGUGCCAUAAGUUAGUUUCCUGGGCAGUGUACGAUGUUCAAGGCCUUGCUUCUCAAGUUUAUAGAAAGGUACCAGCCUGGAAAGAGCCUCCGCCCGUAAAAUUCUCCCCAGUUGAAGCGGCAGGAUUAGAUGCAGGUGUUGAAUGGAGUCCCUAUCCGUUUACCACUCCUAUUUCCCAGCCAUUCUUCUUCACGGCGGCGUGCUUCAGGUCUGACCUUGUUACUAUAGUUCAUCACAUUGCCAAAUUUGCCCUUCAGUUUCCAGAUGCGGUCAUGGGAAAUGAGGAUUGGGAGUACGGCCACCAAUUGCAUCAAAAGCUACUUCAGUGGAAGGCCACCUUGCCGCCUGUUCUUCUACUUGAACAAAAUAUAACCCCGCAUGUUAUCUGCUUACAGUUCGUCACCCUUUUUCACCUCGUUGCGGUUGAGGUGACUGACAGUUAUUGUAGUGAAUAUUACUAUGCAACGAUUGCAUCUCUCUGCCAGAUCUUUUGUGCAAACUUGGGCUCGACGGAUGACCAGAUUCCGAAUCCAGAAGAGUUUGAUCCAUACACAAUAGUGUCGCAGGCUUUGGAUGCCAUGGGUUCCUUGAUAUUGCUAUUCAAACGCUGUCAUGGGUGGAAAUCCCUCCCGGUUGUCAUGCUGCACUAUUUCUGUGUCGCAGGGGUUCACUCAAUCUCGAAAUUGAAUGCCUAUGACCCGAUGUGGAGCUAUGUUCUAGAGGAUUGCGUCGUGGGCCUGUGGCACAUGAGUUUAGGGUGGGGCCGAUUAUGUACCGCAUUUCUUCGGACGAUCGAACUGGUCUUGAAGCAGAGCAAUCCGGACCCAUCUCUCGUGCCUUCUAGGGUCGUGGAGAUCUUCAGGAAACUCAACGAGGGCGAUCUGUGGACGGUGACGGACAUCUCAUCCCUGGCGGCCGAUUAUGUGGUUCACCAAGUGGCUACUCAACCGAAGUCGAGUUCGAGCCCAUGGUCUGCUUAUCGGUCCCAAGGCUUGCAGAGUCUUAUCCAUGACAUGGAUAGCCUCUCCGUCAAUCUCAGCUCUGAAUCCCCGGAGUCCCUUGCAUCCGUCAAGGAGCCCUAUGACUCUCGCAGCUCCGAAGAUCCUGACGUGCGAGAUGCCUAA